AUGGCUCGGAUCAAGAAGAAGGGCACGUCCGGUAACGCCAAGAACUUCAUCACCCGGAUCCAGGCGGUCAACAAGUUGCAGGUGUCGCUCGCCGACUUCCGCCGGUUGUGUAUCUUCAAAGGGAUCUACCCCCGCGAGCCCCGCAACAAGAAGAAGGCCAAUAAGGGGUCCACUGCCCCCGUGACUUUCUACUACGCCAAGGACAUCCAGUACUUGUUGCACGAGCCCGUGUUACAGAAAUUCAGAGAGCACAAGACGUUUGCCCGCAAGUUGAACCGCGCUUUGGGAAGAGGCGAGGUCGGCGAUGCCCAGCGGUUGGAAGAGAACCGCCCCAAGUACACGUUGGACCACUUGGUCAAAGAACGCUACCCGACGUUCAUGGACUCGUUGAGGGACUUGGACGACCCCUUGAACAUGUUGUUCUUAUUUGCCAACAUGCCUGCCACCGACCGGGUGUCCCACCGGGUGACCAAGGAAGCGGAAAAAUUGUGUAACCAGUGGCUUGCGUUUGUCGCCAAGGAAAGACUCAUCAAGAAGGUGUUUGUGUCAAUUAAAGGGGUGUACUAUGAGGCUAACGUCAGAGGCCAGGACGUGCGGUGGUUGCAACCGUUUAAGUUCCCUCAGAACAUCCCCCUGGACGUCGAUUUCCGUAUCAUGCUCACUUUCCUUGAGUUCUACUCGACGUUGCUCCAUUUCGUCCUCUACAAGCUCUACCAAGACGCCGGUCUUGCCUACCCUCCCCAACUCGAUGAGAACGUCAAGGUCGGUGGUUUGUCGCAAUACAUCUUGAAGCUGAAAAACUCGUUGGUGCCCCAGGAUAAGCGGGAAGUGCUGACCGAAGAAGGGAAGCACCUUUCCAGUGAAGAGAUCCUGAAAGCGAUUGCCGCUAACGCUGAAGGUGACAACGUCGAAGAAGUGGCUGAAGAAAACGUCGAAGACGUCGAUCUCGAUGAGUUCGGCGAGACUAAAGGUGAUGCCCUCACCCAGCCUAACAAAUUCGCCUUGGAAACGCUGGAAUUGUUUUCCAAGUUUACGUUCUUUGUCGGGAGAGAAGUGGCUCUCGACUUGGUCGAAUUGCCGAUUUUGGCCUGUGGCGGUAAAUUGGUGCUGGAAAUCGCUAUUGACGAGCUCCAGGCGAACCACCCGGAAGCCUACGCUCGCUUAGACUUCGACAAGAUCACCCACCAUAUCACUGACCGUCCCAAGCUCUUGGAAAAGGUCCAGGGACGCACCUAUAUCCAGCCCCAAUGGGUGUUUGACUGUGUCAACAAGGCCGAGCUUGUCCCCGUGAACGCCUACGCGCCUGGGGAAACGUUGCCGCCUCACUUGUCGCCGUGGGGUGACGCCGGUACCUAUAACCCUGAGGCCGAAGUCGAAGCCGGUGAGGUUGAAGACGACGAAGAUGAGGAAGAAAUCGAUGAAGAGGAGGAACUUGAAGCCGACGAGGACGAAGAAGACGAAGAAGAGGAUGAAGAUCUCAAGGCGCAAAAGGAAUUGGAGUUGGAGGCCGCGGGGGUGAAGUUCUCUGAGGCUCCUUCCACCACCACCACCACCGAGACCAAGAAGAGCAAGAAGAGAAAGGCGGAAACCCCCGAAGACGAGGAGAAGGAGUUGAAGAAGAUCAUGAUGACCAACAAGCAGCGCAAGUUGUACGACAAGAUGCAAUACUCCAACCAACAGAAGGCCGACCGUGAGAAGCAGUUGAAGAAGAAGAAGGCCCAAUUGGAAAAGAAGAAGGCCCAGUUGAAGUAG